AUGAACAGAAGUAUGAAAAAGGAUACGAUCGCAGAUCGUAUUAGUGACAUUCUGAAGCCAAAGGAAUUAACUGAAGAAAGAGAAGAGAAUGAAGCAAAAUUAGAGAAUUUCGAUGAACAUAUUGAAAUUAAUCAAUUGAGUGAUAUAAGGAAGCAAACAGCAAAGAAUCUUAGUGAAUUAGAUAAGAAAUAUAAAGGAAAAGUCGUUAGUAGAGAGCAAAUAGAGAAAGAAUAUGGAAAUAGUGGAGACGAUGAUGAUUUAUUAACAGAAAGCGAAGAUGAAAAUGUAGAAGAAAGCGAUAAUUCAGAGGAUGUUGAAGCUGAAAACAGUGAUUCUGAUGCUGAUAAUGAUGAUUCUGGAGACGGUAGUGACGAUGAAAGCGAGCAAGAAGAUGAUUUUGAUAUUUCACAAUUUAUCAGUAAAGAACAACAUCCAGCAGAUGUAAAAAGCACCGAGGAACACAGUACAAAGCUAGUGAAUAAGGAAACAACGAGCAAUGAGGUCAAAAAAGGAGUUUGCGUCCAAAAUCAGUUGAAAAUUUGGGAGAAACUGCUUGAAAUUCGAAUAAAGUCACAGAAAAUGCUAAUAACUGCCAAUAGCUUCCCAGAUUUUGAUUCAUUCAUCGAAUUAUCAGAAGUUGAGGGUACAGAAUUCGCAGAUAAGAUUGAAACUGCUUGUGAUGGAGUUUAUAAUUUACUUGACAAUCUUUUGGAACUGCAGACGACACUAGUUGAUGGAUUUUCAGAGUCCAAGAAUGUAUUGAAAAGCUGUAAGAGGAAAAAUGAAGAAAACAAUGGAUCAUUAUUGAUGAAAAGAUCAAAACUAGCACAGUAUGCUGAUAGAAUAGAGGAUAACUACGAUUCUUAUUCAAAAUUCCGUAAUCAAGUUCUUCAGAAAUGGAACGAUAGAACUAAAAGUUUGAAAGACACAAAAAACCCAGUCAUAAAUUUGAAUAUCAUGACCAAAAUUGAAAAUGCCCUGCUUGGCAAGAAUGAAAUGAUUAGAAAAACCCAAAUUUAUAGGGGAGAUUAUGAAAUUUUUGGUGUUGAAAUCCCCAAAAAAGAUGACGAGUCACAGAAUGAUGCCCAUAUUCCUGACAUUUUUGACGAUUCCGAUUUUUAUCAUCAACUUCUUAGAGAACUGAUUGAAUACAAAAGUAAUACUGGCGACAAUCAGUCUGAAUUGGCUCAAAAGUUCAUGGAAUUACAAAAUGUAAGAAGUAAGAUGAAGAAGCGAGUAGAAACGAGAGCAUCAAAAGGCAGAAAGAUUAGAUACAAUGUUCACAACAAGCUUGUCAAUUUCAUGCCACCAAAAGACACUACCGAGAUGACAGAAGAAGCUAAAACAGAACUUUUUAACUCAUUAUUUGGCCGGGCCAAUACACAAGUAGUUAAUUAA